GUUGUUUGAACGUACUGGUCUAGAGCACAGCUGAAAUAGGAAUUGUAUAGAAGUGUUCUUAUUUGAAAACUCGUUUGUAGGCUGAAUAGCGCAACUAUUGACAAGAAACUAUUUUUAUCCAAGGUAUUCAGAUACAAGAACCUGCAGAUCAAAAUGGAAGAGACAUCAGAACAUCAAUCGUAUCAAGAUACGAGAAUUAUUCUAGGUCACGUCAACCUGACAUUUUCCAUAAUUAUGCUGAUUUCAAAUACAUUACUAAUUAUUACACUAUCUAGAAAAAAUACGGCUUCAUCGACAAAUCGCAUUUUCACUCACUUGGCCAUCGUAGAAUCAUUAGCCACAAUCAGUUAUUUGCCACGUUUAUGGCACGAAUUCUAUCGAGUGACUCAAUGUUCGAUAAAGCAGGAGCACAGGACGUACGUAUGGGAAAUGAUUUCGCUCUAUUCUGGAGAAAUUUCUUUUACGUUUCAACAGAUAGGGCUUUGGAUGAUGAUAAUGUUAGCUGUAUGGCGUUACAUUGAAGUGAUACAUCCGCAGAAAAAAAGUGACUGGUGUGAUAAGGAAACCACUCGUAGAUUCAUACUGGCUGGAUACAUAUUUGGUAUGUUGCUCUUAAUACCAAUAUAUUUCAUCCCGAAAGUAUGGCCAGUUGAAGAAGAAUCGGUGGAAAAUCAUCCAGCUCUUUUCACCAUCACAGCAUUAUUAUAUGCCGGAAUAAAAUUACUACCAUCGGUAGCAUUUGCUAUCAUCAGUUACAAGUUGAUCAUGGCUCGAAAAAAUACUCCACAGUCAGAAAACGAUGAUAAUACACUCGAUUCUGGAAUAAAUACAGCACUCGUGAUCACCAUUUUAGUAUUAUUUGUAGUAGUUGAAAUUCCUCACGGAAUAGUCUGCCUGUUUAUCGUGUACCAGGGCCCGAAAUCCAUGGGGAAGUAUUACUGUUACGGAGAAGGAAUAUUCAAUAUCUUGAUUCAGAUUUCCGAAUGUUUCAAUUUCGUCGUUUACUACGCAAUGAGACAUCAAUUAUUCGAGAAAAUUUUCCGCGUAUUAUUCGGAUUAGAUGGCAAGGGACCAGAGACAACCAAUCAAAUGGUUAUUUCCUCUCCAUCUUGUGUCUACAUUCAAACUGAACUUCCCUCCGUCUCAUCGAAUAUCAUAUCAGUGGAAGCGAAGUCAGUGGGAAAUCGUGCAACUUCGUUUUAUGAAUCAUAUGAUCUCAUCAACGAGGAUGUAUGAUUCAGCGCAAUACGCAGUAAAACGAUGGAAUGAAAAUUCAAACCAACAGAAUUCGAUUCACAUCAAGACAGAACUAAAUAGGUAUGAAGAUAUUUACUGCACAGAUAAGACACAAGUUGGAAGAAGUGUAACCAUGUACCCACAUUGAUCUCAGUACAAAUAUGCUCGUGAAUUAAUAAUACGAUUUUAUUCACUAGAAUGACUCACUUUUGCAUGUUUUUAAAAUUUAAUUAAAAUCACUUAUUCUUUUUUUCAAGGCUUUUUUCAUAAAAUUCAGGGCUUGUUUUAGCAGUUAGAAAAACUCGGAAAAGUGACCCAAAAAAUACAAAACUUGAGCAAGAAACACUUUAACCUAAUUCAGAAAAAAUUACCAAAAAAAACUCGA